CACCUUAUCGCCUUGGGGAGAGCGUUAACGGCAGCAGGUUGGACAACACCAGCGGAAAAGCUUUUCAAAAGUUAACAUAUUCUCUCUCACAUCAGUGGGUUGAGCCAAUGCAUGAUGCUGGAGCAAACCAAUACACAUUCCACGUUGAAGCUACCACAGAUGCAGCUUCCCUGGCCAGGAAGAUCAAAGAAGUAGGGAUGAAGGUUGGAAUUGCCAUCAAACCAAGAACAGCUGUAGAUGUAGUCGUUCCAUAUGCAGACCUGGUGGAUAUGAUUCUGGUGAUGACAGUUGAGCCUGGGUUUGGAGGACAGAAAUUUAUGGCAGAUAUGAUGCCGAAGGUCAAAUAUUUGAGGGAAAAAUUCCCAGACAUGGAUAUUGAAGUAGAUGGAGGUGUGGGUCCAAGCACGAUUGAUGCUUGUGCACAGGCUGGAGCAAAUAUGAUUGUCUCAGGCAGUGCUGUUGUGAAUGCUGAGGACCCGAAAGCAGUAAUGUCACUGUUAAGGAAGUCGGUGUUAAAAUCUCUUCAGGAAUAAGAAAUUAGGUGACUACGCAUAUAUACAUAAAUAUUCCCUCUCUAUAUAUAUAUUAGAGAGAGAGAUUUUUUUUAUUAUGUAUGAUUUUAUGUAUAAAUAAAUGAUGUUGAUAAAUUU